GUGGCUGUCCCAAAAUAUAUAAAGCUUGAUCAGACCGCAUUUAUGUCCAUCCACGAUACAACAUUCAAUGGAUUUCCUCAACCCAUUAUUGUACCUUGCCCUCCUCUUUCCCUUGUACCUAAUCUCCAAACACUUUCACCGGAAAUUCAAGAACCACCCACCGGCGCCGUUCCUCACUCUCCCCCUCCUCGGCCAUCUAUACCUCUUUAAGAAACCUCUCCACCGCGCCUUGGACAAUAUCUCCAGCCGCCAUGGCCCGGUUCUCCUCCUCGAGUUCGGCUCCCGGAAAGUUCUCCUGGUCGCCUCCCCUUCCGCCGCCGAGGAGUGUCUGUCGAGAAACGACAUCGUUUUCGCGAACCGGCCGCACCUCAUGGCCGGAAAGCACAUAGGCUACAACUACACCUCCCUAGCGUGGUCCUCCUACGGCGAUCACUGGCGGAACCUCCGCAAAAUCGUGGCCCUCGAAAUCCUGUCCACGCAUCGCCUCCAGAUGCUCCACGAGAUCCGCGCGGACGAGGUGAAUUCCAUGGUGAGAAAGGUGCACGAGGUUUGCCAAGCGGAUUCGCAUGUCGAAAUGAAGAGCUAUUUUUUCGAGCUCACGUUGAACGUGAUGAUGAGGAUGAUCGCCGGGAAAAGGUAUUACGGCGAGAACGUGGAGGAUAUCGAGGAGGCGAAGCGGUUCAGGGCGAUCGUAACGGACACUUUCCGCCUCGGCGGGGCAACCAAUGUCGGCGACUUCGUGCCGGCGUUGAAGGGGGUGUUCAAGGAGUUGGAGAACAGUUUGGUGGAGUUGCAGCACAGGCGAGAUAGUUUCAUGCAGGACAUGAUCAAAGACUGCCGGAAAAGAAUGGAAAACGACGGCGAUCGCCGUACGGAGUCGGCCGGGAAGAAGAAAUCAUUCGUUGAAGUGCUACUGUCACUUCAAGAAAACGAACCCGAAUAUUACAAGGAUGAAAUUAUCAGGAGCCUCAUGCUGGUGAUGUUAGCAGCGGGAACAGAUACAUCAUCCGGGACUAUGGAGUGGGGCCUAUCACUUCUGCUAAACCACCCACAAGUCUUGAAGAAGGCGCAAAUGGAGAUUGACGAACGGGUCGGACACGAGCGGCUACUCGAGGAGUCAGAUUUAGCCAACCUCCCUUACCUAAACUGCAUACUCAAGGAAACAAUGAGAAUGUACCCUGUUGGCCCUCUGUUAAUCCCCCACGAAUCCUCAGAAGAGUGUACCGUCGCCGGCUACCGUAUCCCCGCCGGCACAAUGCUGAUGGUCAACUUGUACUCCAUCCAAAGAGACCCCAAGAACUGGGACGAGCCGGAAAAGUUCAGGCCGGAGAGGUUUGAAGGCUCAGAAGGAGUGACGAGAGAUGGGUACAAGAUGAUGCCUUUUGGGUCUGGAAGGAGAAGCUGCCCUGGAGAAUCACUGGGGUUGCGUAUGGUUGGGCUGUCUUUGGGGUCGUUGAUCCAAUGCUUUGACUGGGAAAGAAUCGGCGGUGAAAUGGUGGAUAUGACUGAAGGAACUGGAUUAAGCAUGCCCAAAGCUACGCCGUUGACGGCCAACUGCAAGGCACGACCUUUCGUCGCCGGUCUUCUUUCUCAGACGGCUUGAAGACUGCACGCUAUACGGAGUAUUUUGUGUCACAUAUUUGCAUAUUUCUGAUUUUCUGCUUGUCAGUUAUGUGCUAUAUAAUGUAUUAGAAAAUUAGAUUUCCAAACUUAUAAUAGAUUUUAUUUUCGUCCAGACAAAAUAAAUAAAUUGCGUUAGUAUACAA